AUGUCAAGUCGAGCACCUGUAAUCGCGUCUGUUGAAGACGUUGACGAGCUUGGGAACGUUAUUGCAGGAACCGGCCGCUACGCAUCCUCAGUUGCCCCGAGCAGCCCCGCCAAAGAGCAGCCCAACACCGGCCGAGCAAGACGGGAUAAGCACAGGAGAGGUUCUUCUUCACCGAUAACGACCAGCGUCGUCACCGACUCCGACUCUACGCUGCACCCAAGGAGAGACUCUCUCAAAAAGCCCACCAACAAGGACCGCGAGAAGCCGGUCCCGAGCAAAAAAGCCCUCAUGGCUGCCUCACGCCCGUCGGUCAAGCACUCAAAAACGGCGCAGGGUAUACCGAGGGACAUGGAGGCCGCAUACUACGGCGUUGAUCCAACUGUCACCCCCGCUACCAGUCGGCCCCGCGCCCAAAGCAGGCCGGCGAGCUUCUACGCCAGCGGCGGGCCCCCACGCCCUCCACCCGCAAAUGCCCGGUUCUACGCCAGCCAAACGCCCGGCCCCUCUCUACCGACAUCGUUUCCCCCUCCUUCGUGGAUCGGCCCCGGCCCCGGCCCCGCCCCCGGACCAGGCCCCGGACCAGGGCCAGGUCCAGGACACGGGCCAUCUCCGUUCGGGCCGCCGCCGCCGUCAUCAGGCCCUGUUAUCAUGCAUCAUCACCAACCUGGGCCGCCCCCGCCGCCCCCGCCCUCCGACUAUUUUGCUCGCCCUCUUGAGUCUCGCUUUGGUGGUGGCGGCGCCGCUGUCCGACCUCAAUCGUCGAUGGGUUUUCGGCCGCCCCCGCCCCGCGCUAUCGAGUAUGAUGACUACGAAGACACAAACGACAAGUCACUCGCCCGGCGACCAUCGGCGACCCGCAAAGUGUCCAAACAUGACGAUGACAGGAGAGCUAUGCCUCCACCGCCGCGCCGACCGGCAUCUGCUCGCCCGAUUGCACUUGCUUUCCGUCCUCCUCCGCCGGCGCCCGCCCGGCGGCACGAAUAUGAUGACCAUGAUGAUCACGAUGAUGCUCUAUUCCACGAAAUCUCCCCGACGGUGUCAGGGAGCUACGACUAUCCGAGUCCACUUGCUUUCCGGCAGCCGCGGCAAAGCUUUGGCGCUGAAGCCGUGUACGAGGAUUACCGCACCAUAGUCGCGGCCGGAAAAGGCCGGCGUAAUUCGUACUAUGGCGGCAACUCCGGUUCUUCUGGGAGUGCCUACGAGGACAAGAUCCGACAGGCCAGUCGUUAUCAGGACGACGUGGGCGCCACUUCACAUCUGCCCUUGACCGCAGAGAGCCUCCGGAAGGCGGGCCGGAGCGGCACCAGCAGCAGGUCUACCCGGAGCUCGGGCAGCCAAGACGAGAGCGACUACAGGCAGUCGGCCACCACUCGCACGACAAGGUCCACUGCGCCGGGGCCCAAUAACGACGAGGACGUCACCAUCAAGGUGAAAGGCAGCACCGUGCUCAAGUUCGGCAACACCGAGAUGCAAUGCCGAGACGGGGCUGAAAUCAACAUCAUCUCGAGGAGCGGCGGCGGUGCUGAGAUUCGUGGCGCUGCCGACAGCGACAGAGCCAGCUACAUCGACCAGGAUGACCGCCGGACGAGGGUCGACAUUCCCCAGUCUCGCGCCCGCGCCGCCUCACGCGCCAAGUCACGUCCUCGGUCGUUCUCGCGCCCAAUCUCGAAAUAUGACGCCACACCUAAAUAUGACGGUAUGUCUCAGUACGAUGCCAUGUCCAAGUACGAGCCUUCAAGGUACGACGUGGGCCCUGACUACGAUCCGUAUCCUUCAUAUGCCCCGGCCCACGCCCCGCCCCUACCACCCCCAUAUCCCGAGUACCCGUCGUCGCUUUCUUCGCGGCACGGGGAUGGGUACUUUGGGGCAUGA